GCGGGAGGGCGGCGGCAGUAGGCGGAGCCUGUCUCUCCUCCGCCGUGUGCCCGGGGCUUGUGGAAGGCUUUGGAGUAAAGGGGGUGCCCGCGGCGGCCUGACCAUGACGGCGUCGAUGAGGCAGAGGUUUGAUCGGUUCCUGCACGAGAAGAACUGCAUGACCGCCGUGCUGGAACAGAUCGAGAAAAAAACCGGCGUCAACCGCACCUACGUCGCUACAGCCAUCAUCGGGGCGGUCGCCGUCUACCUGGUGGUGGGCUACGGCGCCUCCCUGCUCUGCAACGUCAUCGGCUUCGGCUACCCCGCCUACGUCUCAAUCAAGGCAAUUGAAAGUCCCAACAAAGAUGAUGACACACAGUGGCUGACUUACUGGGUUGUGUAUGGCGUUUUCAGCAUAGCGGAGUUCUUCUCUGAUAUCUUUCUGUCCUGGUUCCCUUUCUACUACAUGCUAAAGUGUGGCUUCCUGUUGUGGUGCAUGGCUCCAAGUCCUUCGAAUGGGGCAGAGUUUCUCUAUAAUCGAAUUAUCCGGCCUUUCUUCCUGAAGCACGAAGCUCAGCUCGACAGUGUUGUUAAAGACCUGAAAGACAAGGCUGCAGAGACUGCAGAUACCAUCACUAAAGAAGCCAAGAAAGCAACAGUGAACUUGCUAGGUGAAGAAAAGAAGAGUACUUAAGCUAUUAACUGGAUAAAGUUUUCCUGCCACCUCCUUUAUGAAGCUUGAUGUUACUGGGAGCUGUGGUAUGAUUUCGAGAAUAUUACCUUGGAAACAUUUUGAUAUAUUAAAGGAAUGUGUUGUAAGUUUGCUGACUACUUUGCUGUGUCUGUAUAGAAAGUAAGCAUUUUUAUUUAAAAGCAAUGCAGUGGGCAGCAUCUGAAGCUUAAUGAAAAUAUUUUAUUCAUCUUCAUGCAGAAGAAAUCUUUCAGUAAUCUCUUUCUGCAGUAACAUAAAUAAAAAGUAUAUAUCCCACAGGCUCUGCACUUUAGUUGUCUCUUUGUGUAUGUAAUUACUCUUAACACUUUGACUGUGGUGCAUCUGGUAACAUGAAGAUAUUGUAUAAGGAAAAUACUAGUCUGAAUGAAUCUUCUUUGAGUAUACAGGGAAUUAUUGACAGAGAUGGCAAAAUGGAUGUAUUCCCCACCAAUAAAGUUGUAAAUGAUGAAAUUACAUGUUCUAGGCACCUGAUAAUAGAGAUUAUUCACUGUUGCAUGUUUUGUUGUAACACAAUAUUUGGUACAGUGUGUGUAUUCUUAAAUGGAUAGAUCCUAAAUACAGGGAAGGGUAACUUCAUUCAGGUGAUCAGACUUAUAUUAGUGUGAAGUAAUUUGCGAGAAAUGGAUGCAUUGAGUUGCACAAGAUUAGCACAAGAUGACUAAAGUACAACUCCUGGCCUCUUCUUGCUAAAUAUAGUUGUCAUCUGAAGUUGUUAGGAGAGUGCCUUUUAAGAUCACACUCAAAAGCACAAACCACCUUUCGCUAAGGAGCGGUACCACCACAAACGCUUGUUCCUAAAGUCCUGUCGAAAUAUUUACUGCUUUGGGUGUCAGUCCCCAGAACUGCAUCAUUAAUGGGAUGGACUACAACCCCCAUGAGAUUUUUCUGCUCAUAAAAAUCUGCAGUCUUUUCUGACUGUGCUAAGAACAACUUUGCAUGAGCACUGAAACGUCCCAAAUAGAGAUGCUAUUGUCAUUACUUCAUAGAUUCCUGACCAAUCACUAAGAAUGCAGCCAAAGAGAGUAAAGGCUUUUUUUUGGCAGUCACUGGAAAAUAAUAUUUUUAUUUAGAUCUGAAUCUGUAUUUUCAACAAAUUUAGCAUGAAUUACUGAGAUCUCCCUGUUCUCAUCUCUGUGCUUAUGUUUCUUAAAGCCCACAGUAGUGCUAUGACAGUUCUUAACUCACAGGAUGUGCAGAAAGUAAGCUUAAGCUUUUGAUAUGAUAAAAAGUGAUUUCUGGUCCACAAUAUUAGAUUCAAAAGAUUUAAUCUUAAAAUUGAAUUUUGAAGAUUUUUUUGGCUUUCUGCAACAAGUUGGUACAUAAACAUUCACUGUAAAUUUUCAGAUGCAGGAAUUUCAAAAGAAUGAAGCACAGCAAGUCAGUUUUAAAUUUGAGAGAUAGGUAUUAUGAGAAGAGAUGUAAAAGUGUCCUAAGAGAAAGCAUUUUAAGCUUUAAGAUGGAAAGCACAGCCCUUGUGGCUGUCAACUUGGAAUAGGAAAGCGCAUCAUUUUCUGUAGGACAGCAUUCAGCCUGUCAUUUGAAGGGGAUAUCACAGCUCAUCAUUCCGUGACAACUUUAUGUUGUGAGUGAGUGGAUGUGCUGAAGGGGAUAAAGUUUUCAGCAAAGCUGUAGAUGUGAGUGAGUAAGAAGUUUGAGGUGGCAGACCAUUUAAGUGAUUUAAUUUCUUGUCUUAUCUUCCUCUGUCUUAAACUCACUGACCUUUUCUGUAAGCCAAACCAAAUCCUAGUGCUGUGUUUCAAACACUGUCAGCUGUGUACAUGGCAGUCGUGUGGUCAGUGUAAGUUAGUUUCACCUCUUGAAAUAAUAAGUAAUAAAUAAAAAUAAAGACACAUAAUAGUCUAUUUGAUUUAGGUACAGAGUACUACGUAAUUUCUCUAAAAGCUGCUGAUAAAUCUUAGGCUUUCUAAAGAGGUCUGUAGUAGAGACAGAGCUUAUUUUUCAGUUCUCAUAUUAUUCAACAGUUCUUCACUGUUAUUAAUGGGGAUAAAACAUUUCUAGCUAAGUGUUAAAACAUUCUCUAAGAGACAUAUAACAGUUAGGCUUUAAAUCAACUUCCUGUCUUUACAACUUGCUGUUUCUUGACCAUCAGCUAGAUUCAGUGCUUCUUUGUGGGAUUUCUACUUGAAGUGAGACGACUGACUGUUGUUACCAGAAUUCAAUCUUGUUUGCCUCGGUGCAAGUAGGAGUGGCUGAAUUUCUGCAGCAAGUUAUCCUUUCCUGCAAGUCACUCCACUGGGCUGGCCCCGCAGAUCAGUGCUCUUCUCAAAAGUCUUCUUCACAACAUCUGUGUGCAAAUGUUGGUACACGCAUCUGCUCUGUGUCUGUGCUGAAAUUGUAAAUGUGCUAAAUAAAAAUGGAUGCAAAUAAAGAGAUUCUUACAGGACCGGUA